GCCCCGGGCUCUCAGGGCUAAAUACGCGUUACAGCCUCUGCUCCCCAUGGCGGGGAGGCCCCAAGGCCUUAGACAGAGGCUCAGCCCAGGCCUCCCCGCAGCGCGAAGUCGGCCCCCUCGUCCCGUCCGCGGUUCCCGGUGGGGCCGCUUUCCCCGCAACACCGCCCGCCCCUGCCCGCCUGGCGCCUGGAAAGGCCGCGGCGCUGCCAGAAGUGGCCAUGUCUCUGUGGAAGAGUUUGCUUCAGACUACAACUCUGAGUAUACAACAACAGAGAAGAGCAUUACUGUAUAAUGGUGCCCAUGGCUACGAGGAAGACUUGGUAAAGAAGAAACUUGCGCAGUUUGCUGGUGGAUCCAUCAACCUUUCCAAAGAUGUCAAUGGCAUUGGAAUACUUACUUUGAACAAUCCAAAGUUAAUGAAUGCCUUUACAGGCACUAUGAUGUUAGAACUCCACGAGAGGGUAACUGAACUGGAAAGCUGGAAGGAUGGAAGAGGCCUUAUCAUCUAUGGUGCAGGAAACACCUUUUGCUCGGGAUCUGAUUUGAAUGCUGUCAAAGCAAUGGCCAAGUCUCAGGAUGGAAUGAAUAUGUGCAUGUUUAUGCAAAACACCUUAACCAGACUUAUGAGAUUGCCUUUGAUCAGUGUUGCACUAAUCCAAGGAAAAGCUCUUGGAGGAGGAGCAGAACUUACCACGGCAUGUGAUUUCAGGUUGAUGACGCCCGGGAGUGAAAUUCGAUUUGUCCACAAGCACAUGGGGCUGGUGCCGGGCUGGGGAGGAGCUGCCCGGCUGGUGCGGAUCGUCGGGAGCGGGGCUGCCCUCCGGCUGCUGAGCGGGGCUGUCAGGGUGGACCCCGAGAGAGCUUUGCACCUCGGGCUCUCAGAGGAGACCUUGGAGUCUUCGGAUGAAACUGGAGCCUUAGAAGAAGCCCGAGCCUGGCUGAGUCAGUACACAGAGGGUCCAGCCAGUGUGAUUCGGGCCGUGAAAAAGGUGGUGACGGCGGGAAGAGAGCUACCGCUGGAAGCGGCCCUAAGGACAGAGAAAGAUGUUUUUGGAACCGUAUGGGGUGGCCCUGCCAAUUUGCAGGCAGUGGUUAGAAGACCAAAACACAAAUGAGAGUUUAUGCAUAAGAAAUGUUCUUGACCUUUUUUGCAAACAAAGCCUUCGCUAAAGCAGGCAUUAAAC